CUUCCUUUAAAAGCCACAUUCCGGCAUCUAUCUAUCCUUCUCUCUCUUCCAAAUCGAAAGCUUCCCUCUUUUUUCUUCUCUUUCUGUUUGUUCUCCAUAAAGUUCCUGAAUUUAAACUCAAAAAAAAAAAAAAUAAACACCCCAAAGUGAGUUGCAGUACUAACAUCUCUUUGAUGGGAAUAGAAUAUAUGCUUUUUUUUUCCUGUUGAACAAAAUUAACAAGAGGGAGCAGAGGCAAUUCAGUUACCCUGACACAGUUUCAGAUCACCACUUCUUUUUUUGGCUGUGUCUCAAAUUCUUCACACUAGAAUUCUUUAUUUCCUAAAAAGAACCCUGAACCUCAAGUGUAACAAGGCCUUAAUGCUGCUGAGAAACAGAUCAAGAGCUGUGACGAAGCCAAGUUUGAUGGGUGAUCACAGCUCCUCCCAGCCAUGUCCAAAUCAGAGUUACAAAAGAACCAUCAUUCCUUCUCUAUUUUCACCAAAAUUCCGAGACUUCACUGCCAAGUGUCUCUCAGCUGGAGCUGAGGCUUUGAGAAGUCCCACAUCGAUUCUUGACACCAGAGCCUUAUCAUCCCCAUUUGGGAGUCCUUUGUCACAUGAAGCAGCAGCCUCAGAAAACACAACCUCUUGGGACUCCAAAUGCAUUGGCCUUGCUCUUGUUGGUGCACUCAAAGAUGAAACUUUUCCUCAGAAUUCAACUAAACCAAGUAGUGGAACGGUUCUGUUUGGAACUAAGCAUAGAGUAAAAAUCCCACCUUUGCCACUGUCACUGCCACCACCUUCAUUUGAAUCCAAAACAUGUGCUUCUGCUGCUGCGGCUGAUUGUGCUGCCAAAACCAAGGAUUCUCCAUUAUCUGUUGCAACUGGUGUUCUGAGUUUGAGUGAGAUGGAGCUUUCUGAGGAGUACACGUGUGUGAUAGCACAUGGACCUAAUCCAAGAACAACACACAUAUUCGACAAUUGUAUUGUGGAAAGCUACUGUUCCCUGCCCAAUACACCCAAUUCUCCUUCACUCAAUUUCCUUAGCUUCUGUCACACUUGCAAGAAGCAUCUUGAGCAGACUAAGGACAUUUUUAUUUACAGAGGAGAGAAAGCUUUCUGCAGCAAAGAAUGUCGCCACCAAGAGAUGGUGCUAGAUGGAGCAAGAAAUUCAGAAUUUGACAGAUACUAAUGAGAAUAUUUUACUUCUACCACGGCCUCGAAAGUGUUGCAUACUGAUGAGGAUAACCAGCUAGUCACAAUUUUCCAUUCUUGGUUAGGAUUUUCUAGAUGAUGUUUUGUUGUGACUAGCAUAUUAUAUUUUACCCUUGUGAAGUUUCUUUUGUUUUCUGUUUUUUUGGUCUCUCCCUUGCAAAUAGAGAUAAGAGAGGAUGAGGAUGUAGAGUUCACUUCAAGAAAUGAGUAGUUUUUUUAGAUUGCUUACGGUUUUCUCCCUUUGUUUUCGGCUGAAGCAGAUGAUGAUAUAUGACUUUUAUUUUCUUCUUAUCCGGGUAGAUGAUGAUGAUGCAUAUAAUUGUAAAUGGGGACCAAUUCAUUAUUUUUCUCAAGAAGAUUCCUCUCUUG